UCCAAUUUAUUUAAUGCCCCUUCUUAUUCUACGGACCUUCUAUAAAUAUGUAGUUUUGUAUAGUGUUUGGAGCAUCAGUGAAACUUCUCUACAUUGCUCUUCAUCGCAAGGUAUCAAAGUUAAGGCUAAGACAACCAUGGCAGCACAACAAGUCCUUAACGAUGAGGAACAAGCUAUUUUCGACGAGCUUAUAUCGGCAGCAUCAAAAGAAGCUAACGUUGAGAGUGAUCAGCCUACAAUAGAAGUGGUUACUUGGGGUUCUAUAAGAAACUAUCACAAGGAGAAGGCAACAUUGCAAGUCAUUGAUCAACAUGAUUGGUCUGGAAAGCCGAGGCCUUACGAUCACAUUCCAGCUACGAGCAAAUCCGUCGCGUUCAGGCACACUGCGCCUGUUUCAGAAGGCUCUAAGGCAGGAGUGGUUUAUGCUGAUGGAGUAGAAAACACUGCACGGAAAUGGCUUGUGGCUUUUGACGGCAAAGCUCAGAAGGUUUUUGUAGAUGCUGGGCCAACAGGACCAACUCAUUGGGAAAAUGUCGAAGUUAGGCUUAAUGAAUGUGGAAGUGUUCAUAGAUACCAGGACCCAGUUUUCGGAGGGAAGGCCGCAGCUAUGAUCAAGGGUUCCUAUGUGUUUGUAUUGUUCUCUAAUUAACAUACUAGUCUAUGUGUGCUCGAUGAUCAAAUGUUUGCACUUAGUAUCAUGUUGCAGCAAGCAGGCAUUAUAAGAUAAGCUAUUAUCAAUAAUAUAUACACAAUAAAGACCCUCUUGCUAAGUUUGUAACACAGACGUUUCUAUCAUAUAAUAUAAUGUACGUUCUUAUGUUUUA